AUGAGUCUUACGGAACGUCGAGCCGCUCAACAAGACCUGCGUCGUACGCAACAACUACCAAGGAAUACGAUCGUGCGUACGCUUCCUCACGUGGCACUCAUUCGUACAGCAACGGUAGAGGGAGCUCGUCGUAUUACGGAACCAGCAGGGAUGCUUACAGUGCAAGCGCAAGACCUGGUGGUUGGGCAUCAUUUGGAAGCACAGGGGGAGCAUCAAGCGGUGUGCGCUACGAUUAUGACAAGUAUCAGCAGCGGUUCUAAAUAG